UAAAAGUAUUUGAAUUUUUAUUUCAAAUCUAUACGUGUUUCGAUGGAGUUCUUACUUAAAAGUAUUUGAAUUUUUAUUUCAAGUUUUUACUUUUGUUACCGCCAUAGCUGAUGACAUACCCCUACAGGUUUGAAGAGCAUGAAGCCCCGGGUUCAAGAUCAUUUUUUACUGAGAUCAUUGCUUCAAUUUCAGAUAUUAAAUUUGGGAAGGAUGGGAGACACAUUCUGAGCCGUGAUUACAUGACUCUUAAGAGAACCUUGAAUUUGUUCAAUAAAUGGCACAGACGAAUUCUGACGAGAAAGCAAGCGCUGCUGCUAAAGCUGUUGUUGGUGCUGCUGCUGCUGCUGCUGCUGCUGCUGUUGCUAAAGUUGCUGAAGUUGCUGAAGCUGCUGCUGCCGAAGCAGUUGUUGCUGAUGCUGCAGAGAACCUUGAAUUUGUGAGCUAGUAGUACGUCUAUAACUGCAGUUAUUUUGGUUGAUUUUGGUUGAUUCUGUAAUAUGUUUAUACUGUUCAUGCCUGAACAUUUGAAAGAUGGGAAAUAAGUAGACUAUGGUUGUGCUACUAUUUUGUUUAUAGACGAACUUACUAUUCUUCUAGUUUA